AUUAUGCACAAUUUGAAAUAUUAAUAAUUAAAUAAAUAUAUUAAAUAGAAUGCAUAAAGUAAAUGAGAUAUUUAAUAAAUUGGAGGAAGUAUUAACUUUUUAUAAUUUUUAUUAUGUAUAAUUAAAGUAAAAUAUUAGGAAUAUUGAAAGUAAUACGCAUUAACUCUGAUUCACAUUUAAACCUGUCUGUAACCACCAAUUAUUUAUUUUCUUAUGCUUUGUAUUAGUGCUUCAAUUCAAUAAUGCACAUUGACUCUAAACCGCACUUAAAUAAUUUAACUCUUGACCCCCUCCACAUGAUACUAGUAUUAUAAAAAUAUAAGGGUGCUCUCUUGAGAGACCGUCUUUUGUAAAGAUGUUUCUCAAGGAGUCCAAUCCAUAUCUGAUAGUUUAUUUGAAAAAAAAGCUACUACUUCAGAAAACUAAAGCGCGUGUAUUGUGCUUGGGAAUUGAAAACGUCUAAUUAUUAACUACCUAUUCCAAAGCAAUAUAUAACUUGAAUUAUGAAUACAUCAGUUUUUUCUUCUCCCUUUUACAACCUUUAACUGUAUCCUCCUUCUGAUGCUUGAAUUCGAUUGUGUUUUUUUUUUAUUUUUAAAUUAAGCUUCAUCAAAGAUGGAAAACACUAAUGUUGAAGAAGACAACAAUGUCUACUAUUUGGGGAAGGUAAUAAAAGCAAUUGUGGUUUCUUCUGGUUUUUUCUUAAAAUUUAAGGUUCAUCAAUGGUCAUCAAUGGUGGAAAACAGAAACAGUGAUGUUGAAGAAGAUAACUAUGACUAAUUUUUGGAGAAUUGUAAUAAAAGCAUUUGUGGUUAUAAAUUCAUAUAUUUGGGAAUAUAACCAAAAUAUAAUUGUGAACAUUUGACAUAGGUUGAUGUAGUUGGGAGUAUAACAUUGUGUAGUAACAUUAUAUAUUUGGGUUUAUAACAUAAUAUAUUUGAAAGUAUAACAUAAUAUAUUUGGGGUUAUAACAACAUAUAUUUAGUGUUAUAACUACAUAUAUUUAGGGUUAUAACAUAAUAUAUUUGGUGUUAAAACAACAUAUAUUUGGGGUUAUAACAUAAUAUAUUUUGGGGCGAUAACAACAUAUAUUUAAGGUUAUAACAUAAUAUGUUUUGUAUUAUAAGAACAUAUAUUUGUAGAUAUACCAUAAUAUAAUUGGUAUUAUAACUGUGAACAUUUGAUAUUGAUUGAUGUAGAUGAGAGUAUAAUAUUGUAAAGUGUGGGUUAUAACAUUUUUAGUUGGUUUUAUAACUUGAUGUAGUGGGACUGUGCGAGUAUAACAAUGUUUAGUUGGGUUAUAACAUAGUUUAAUUGUGAUUAUAACAUUGUUUAGUUGGGGUAUAACAUUAUAUAGUUGGAAUUAUAACAUUACUUUAUAAAUCCAAAUAUUAUAACCUACACACAAUUAUAAACACAAAUACAUACUAUUAUAAACCCAUAUAUACAAUAUUAUAAAUUCAAAUACACAAUAUUAUAAAUUCAAAUACACACUAUUAUGAUUCCAACAUAAUCUCAAAUAUGAAUACAUAAUAAUACGACAGAUAUCACUAUUAUAAAUCAAAACACACAAUAUUAUAAAUCCAAAUACACAAUAUUAUAAUUCAAACUACUAUAAGCCCUUUGCUUGAGUACUUAAUCAACCACCUUUGAUUGUUGAGAAUUGUCAUUUUGAUUCUUAGAAGGAACCUUUUUGAUCUUCUUUGCGAAUACAGAAGCCAAGACAGCAUCAUCACUUAUCUAUUCCAUUUUUAAACCCUAAAAUCAAGAAUAGGUAAAAUCGAAAAACAAACAAAUUUUAAAUAUUAAAAUAGUAAACUACAAACUUUAAUUAGGUUAAAACACCAACAUACAUUCCUUCUUUAGUCUCAAUUUUAUUGUCUUCUUCAAUAUCAUCGUUUUCCACCAUUGAUGAAGCUUAAAUAAAAAAAUCACAGGAUUGUAAUUCCAAUUAAUAUAUAACACAGUUAACCCCAAAAAAAUGAAAAUAGAAGUUUUAAAAACGAAAAUGGUGAAGAUGAAGCACCAAAUUUGACACCAAAAUACAAAAAUAGUGAAGAUGAUAUGACAAUGGUGAAGUUAUUAAAAUAAAACUCUUAAUAUAUACAUUUGAUGAAAAUCACAAAUGGUAAAGACGAGAAAGAGAACUGAAGUACGAUAAUGAAAAAACCUGAGAUCGAAAAUUGAAAAGUUGAAAAAAAGAAACUAAAAGCAAGUGAAAUUUAGAGGGAUGUUGAAAUGAAAGUUCAAUGCUUUGGAAAAGUUCAUUGGUUUUGUCACGCAAAAAAUUUAAAAGGGAAACUUGAAAAGUUAUAUGAGAGUGUGAGAUUUUUUUUUUUUUUUUUUAAUAAAAAAAAAAAUGAAAUAUGGGUCAAGUUAAAAUAUAAGCUUCUACGUUCUCAAACAAGACGGGCAAAAACCUUCUACUUAUCCUAACUCCUCAACUCCAUCCUUUAUCUUCAACCAAUGGCCUCUUUCACAAACAACACUCUUAAAACAACAAUUAUUUCCUUCUUCACCCUCCUUUCCCUUCUCCAUAUCCACCACACAACCGCCGUGAAAGGCGGUUAUUGGUCGGAAGAAGACGCUAUAACAGCACCCAACAUAGACUCCACCCUUUUCACUCAUCUCUUUUGCGCAUUUGCAAACCUCAACACCCAAACCUAUCAAAUCACAGUACAUCCAGAAUGUUCCACAUUUCCAAAUAUCAUCAAACAAAAAAACCCAUCCGUCAAAGCUCUUCUCUGUAUAGGAGGAGGAAAAGCAAAAUCAUCAGAUUACAACACCAUGGCUAGUCAACCUUCUUCAAGAAAAACCUUCAUCGAUUCCACCAUUAACCAAGCCAUAGCUUAUGGGUAUGAUGGUCUAGACCUAGACUGGGAACAACAGACCACGAUCGAAGAAAUGAACAACUAUGGAGUCCUUCUUAAAGAAUGGCGGGCCGCCAUUAAAGCAAGAUCGCUUCCUCUGUUACUAACAGCAGCAGUCCAUUACAUUCCUGAUGCAAAUUCAGUAGCAAGAUUCCCAAUCCAAGCCAUAAGCCAGAAUCUAGACUUUAUCAAUGUUAUGGCGUAUGAUUUCUAUGGUCCUGGGUGGGCCCCAAAACCUCUUGUAACCCGGCCCCACGCACCACUUCGAAACCCUAAAAGCCCAGUAAGUGGUAGUAAUGGGAUUAGUAAAUGGAUUAAUGCUGGUGUUCCUGCUAAAAUGUUGGUUUUAGGGAUCCCAUUUUAUGGGUAUGCUUGGAAACUGGAAAAUGCUAAUAACAAUGGUAUUUUAGCACCUUCAAUUGGGGGAGAUACUUCUUUUGGGGAUGAUGGAACACCUACAUAUAAGCAGAUUAGGGAUUUUAUUAGUGAAAAGGGUGCUAUUGUUAAAUAUAAUUCUAGUUAUGUUACUAAUUAUUGCUAUUCUGGGACAACUUGGGUUGUAUAUGAUGAUUUACAGGCUAUUUCUGGUAAGGUUGUGUACGUUAAGAAUAGUGGUUUGCUUGGGUAUUUUGCUUGGAAUAUUGUUCAAGAUAGUAAUUGGGCUCUUUCUAAACAAGCUUCACAGACAUGGGAAGCAUAAGUAACUACUGAAAAUUAGCAAGGAAGGCAGAAGGCAUCACACUAAUAAAUCAACAAUGUGAAGUAUAUAUAAGUAUCGAAUCUCUGUAUUAUCAUAAAGGGAUAAAGGAAAAUAAUAUGGAAAGAAGUUUAAAUCCUAGCUAGUAUUUGUGGAAUGUAUUGAAGAAUAAGUUCUCAUGCAAACCCCUACUAAGUUCUCAUGUGGGUGUAAUUAAUUAGGAUAAGAAUAUCAUUUUUUUCAAACUUAAAAUUUAUUUUGAUCAAAUCAUUGAUUCUGAUACCACAUGUUAAAUUAGGCUGGACUUAUUGUUAAUAACAGUAUAUAAUUAGGAAAAUAUGAGGUAUACGUACUUCAUAAACCAUUGAGAUAUUAACUCAAAACCAUUUGACAGUGAAAGAAAGGAAUUGAAUGACUUAUAAUAAAUGCAUUACGUACCAUCUCUAAUUCAUCAAUCCGAAAUAAAUUAUUCCAACAUUUUUGUGCACUAUUUUAGAUAUAAUAUAAAUACAGAAAACUUAAACUCAUUUGCGAGCACCGGCGAAUUUAAGGGUGGGCCUGCCUAUGCAAAAAGAUGUAGAAACUGCAAUAAAAAAAACCCGAUUCUUAUUUGUCGCCACCCUUUUUAUUUUAUCGCCACCCCCCUUC